AUUGACACAGCAGUUUUAGCCCAGGCACCACACAGGAGAGCGCUCAGUGGCAGGAUUACUCUCUCUGCAAAGGAGGACAGUUACGGAUUAUAAGGAAGGAAUGAUGAAGAGGUAUUGAAGAGGAAUUCACUUAUUGAAAGUGAAAGAGAGGCACUUGGAACAAAGUGCUCAAGACAGAAAUCCAAAUGUAGGAUAGUUGCUGUAUAUGACUUUGAGAAAUUAAGUUUCAACUCACGAGGAAAACUAUUAAAACAGAAAUCUCGUAGUCUGCUGUCUUCUGAGAGGCCCAAGUAUUGCCUGCAAGGUGGACGCCUGAUCCGUGGGAGUGAUCAGACUCUGGCCUCCCACCCAAACGUCAAAUGAGGGAUUAUUGUUGCCAUGGGAACAAGUACAGCAUUGUGUCAAACAAUUUGAUAGAGGAGGAGCGCCUGAAGAUCUGCAACCUGGAUCUCCAUAACGGUCACACUUCUUCCGACGUCCACAAGGCGUGUGACACAGAACCAGGUGAAACAGACGGCAGGAGGAGAAGGAGGAGGCGGUCAGGAGCCUCCGCUGCUGUCCCCGGCACACGGGCACAAGGAGGGAUGAACAACUUCAACGGGAGGGUUCUGACAAGGGGCUCCAGCCAGGUACGGAGUCGCUUUGUAAAGAAGAACGGCCAGUGUAAUGUUGUUUUCACUAACAUGGAGGAGAAGAGGCAGCGCUACCUAGCAGACAUCUUUACCACCUGUGUGGAUAUCCGUUGGAGAUACCUGCUGUUUAUAUUCUGCACGAGCUUCAUAAUCUCCUGGCUUUUUUUUGGCAUCAUUUUCUACAGCGUCUCGCUCUCCCAUGGGGACUUUGAGGAACACCUCAUGGUGAAGGGUGAAGGGUUAGUAGUCGGUGAGUUGUAUUCAACCGACUCUGGCCACACCACAGGAGGACCGACCAAAAAAAUGCCUUGCAUCCUGCAUGUCCAGGGAUUUGUUGGUGCCCUUUUGUUUUCCAUGGAAACACAGACUACCAUCGGCUACGGUUGGCGCUGCGUUACCGAAGAGUGUCCCGUGGCUGUCAUCACAGUGGUUGUCCAGUCCAUUGUGGGCUGCAUCAUUGACUCCUUCAUGAUUGGCACCAUUAUGGCUAAAAUGGCACGACCAAAGAAGAGAAACCAGACACUCAUGUUCUCCAAAAAUGCUGUGAUUGCCCUUCGAGAUGGCAAGCUGUGUCUCAUGUGGAGGGUGGGGAACCUCCGUAAGAGCCACAUCGUGGAGGCUCACGUCCGGGCGCAACUCAUUCGAUCCUAUGUCACGGCAGAAAGUGAAUUCAUCCCAUUGGAGCAGACCGAUCUCAGUGUGGGUUACGACGAGGGCACGGACAGGUUGUUUCUAGUGUCCCCGCUGGUCAUAGUCCAUGAGAUAGACAAAGACAGCCCUUUAUACACUACAAGCCGAGCAGAUCUGGAGUCAGAUGAAUUUGAGAUUGUCGUCAUCCUGGAGGGAAUGGUGGAGGCCACUGCCAUGACCACUCAGUUCCGUAGCUCCUACCUUUCCAGAGAAAUCUUCUGGGGUCACAGAUUUGAGCCUGUCAUCUACGAGGACCGCAACUGCUACAAAGUCGACUACGCACGUUUCCACAAGACUUACGAGGUGCCGUCAACACCUCACCUCAGCGCCAAAGAACUCGAUGAAAACGGGAGAACGAUGAGUCGAGCCUCCUCUGUGGCUUCUCCCACCUCUGCUUGCAUGUCUUCAACAAGCUUAAUCCCUCGUUCGGUCAGCACUUUUUGCUACGAGAACGAAGUAGCAUUGAGCUGCGGAGAAGAAGAUGAGGAAGACAUCUUUGACUCGGCACAAAUUGUAGGCAAGGAUAGAACACAGGAGAGAAGGACUUCUGUAGACUUACAGAAUAUGUUUAAGGACACUGCCACCAUGACAUCUGGGAGUCACAAUGUCUUGUGUGUUCUGGACAUGGACAAUAACCAGAUGGAGUUUGAUAUCCUACAGACCGCCAUUCCACUUGAUCCGGUGACCUAUAAAAACGAGCCAGAGAUAUGAAGAGCUUAAUGAGGAAACACAUUUAACUCAUUAGCUGCCAUUGACGAUGCUCGAUGUCCAAUCCAUUUUGACUGGGAUGCCUAGCAGCAAUCGUCAAUGGAAUUGAAUGAGUUAACGGUGGGACCGCUUAUCCAUUUUGUAGAAACAAUUGCUAAUAAUCUGCCUUUUAAUUAUUCAAUCGGUUUCAGAAAUGGCUCAUAUGAAAGCCAAGACCCUCCCAAAUGAUGUUGAAUGUACAAAAAUAUGUUUGCUUCACUGAAAAAAGAUUUAUCAUUUAAUGAAGACUUAAAGGUCAAAUUUUUGCAAGACAAACGUUUUGUCGCCUACAGAAAGUAGUGUGGAAAUUGAACUAAAAAUGUACUUCAAAUACAACAGUAUGUUACAUAACAUAAGCAAAUUAAGUAGUGGUGCUGUGAAAUCCAAAUUUAAUAUUUUGUAUAACUUCCAUGAGCUUGAAAGACUGCAUUCAUGUGGUUCGGCAAGGAUUCAUACAAUUUAUUGAUGAAGUCAUCAGAAACGUCAAAGAAAGCAGUCUUACACGCCUCCCAGAGUUCAUCAACAUUCUUGGGUUUCGUCUUCCAUGCUUCCUCUUUCAUCCUACCCCAGACAUGCUCAAUGAUGUUCAUGUCUGGUGACUGGGCUGGACAGUCCUGGAGGAUCUUGAUUGAAGUAUGCGAUGGAGCACCAUCCUGCUGCAGAACUUGUCCCUUUUUAUGGUUAGGAAUGUAAGAGGCAACUAAGAUUUGUUGAUAUUUCAGACUAUUUAUGUUGCCUUCCACCCUGCAGAUCUCUCGCACACCCCCAUACUGGAUAUAACCCCAGACCAUGGUUUUGUCAUCACCAAACUUCACUGUUUUGUGGCAAAAGGUGGAUUUUUCAGAUGAAUCUUCCAUUGAAUUACACCACAGUUCUCGCAAAUAUUGCAGGAGACCUACUGGAGCCCGCAUGGAUCUGAGAUUCACUCAGGAAACAGUGAAGUUUGAUGGUGAGCCAUAUGAGCCAUUUCUGAAACCAAUUGAAUACUUAAAAGUCAGAUUACUCACAAUUGUUUCUACAAAAUGGAUAAGCGACAAAACUUUUGUCAGAGACUAUAUGUAAUACUCAAGAAAGUUACUUUGAAAUAAUAGCAGACCAUAUUUUUGACACAAAUCCAUGCAAAAUAUAUGGCACACAAAAUGCUUAAUAAUGAAAGUAGAUCCUAUUUAGUUUUCCGCCCUCAGCUGCCUUCGCCCCGCCCACUAAAAAUCUCCAAACAGAAGUUGAUGUCACAACCAGAGGGAGCUGCAGAAUUUUUUCAGUAUGCUACUAGCAUGUAACACAUAGGUUUUCUAUUCUGUUGUCGCUGUAUGACCAUUCUGUCAUUUGUCGAAUAGGCCGAGCUACUAGCACAGCACUUGAAAGUUAGGCACGAUCGUCAGUUCUGGCUGUGACAUAACCAGAAUUGCCGAAAAAGAACGUGGGCAUUCCGUAUUCUUCUUUUGCAAGGAAUAACUAUGAAAUGAUAAAAUACAGAAAGAUUUGAGUGUCAAAUUCCUUUCUAGAUUAAAACCUACACAGAUUCUGUCAUUUUGAUGUUUUAAAGUGCUCUGUAUUUCAUCGCAUCUUGAGGGCACUUUCAAACUAGAGCAAGAGGACCAGGGUCCGGUUGGAGAGCUACGUUGCAGCAACACUUGCAAAUGAGUUGUUGAAGAGGUUCAGCAUUCACACUGUGCCAUCCAAACUUUCUGAGUAGCAUCACAUGGACGAAAGGUGCACUUAUUGAUUGGACAAACAGAAGAGGAAGGGAGGGAGCGGGUAACGUCACAGCGUGGUGCUGUGACACCACGUAAUGUAGCAUAGCAUAGCAAGUUGCCACUCUGCGAGCGGCGGGGUUUACUCCCUACUGACUCAAUGCCGAGUGAACUGGAGUAUAUAAAAAAUGCACAAAGGAAAAUUAAAAGGGAGCUGCGUGGUACCCUGUGUUUUCAGUAAUGCGUUAGUAACGCGUUACUGUAAUCUGAUUACUUUUUUCAGUAACGAGUAAUCUAACGCAUGCAUUUUUCUACACCAGUAAUCUGAUUAAAGUUAGUUUCCUUAGUGUCUCUGCGUUUCCAUUUUUUCAUUGCCUCAUAACAAUGUAAAAUGAAGAUUAUUGUAGUCAUGUACGAAGUGCAUUUUGAAUAGAAAAUGCUAAAAUAAAAGGUUCCCGGUACGUGUUUCCAUGACAACCUCUUAGCUAUUUUCUGUUUUGGUCUCGUGUCACAUGUGUUGUGGGACUGAAGGCGUGGGCCAGGCGGGUGGACAUUGGAGCCGAGUGUUGACACGUUGCGAGGGAAUGUUGAUCUGUGGAUAUCCAUGAAUGAAGGUGAGUAUUUUUCCUUCAUUCUGGAGGGUAUCAGCAAAAGGUUGGACUUCCUACAUGUGCGGCUGUUUGGUAGCUUUGCCGUAGGAACGACGGGCAGUCAUCACUCCAAGUUGGCAAGCUUUGUUUACAUCAUAUGCGUGUUGCACAUUAAUGCCGUGAGGUGAUGUGUUCGUUUAGCAUCUGUGGGAUGUGUUGUAAGUCCGAUUGAGUGUAAAGUGCUUAGUUGCCGCCACGUUUUGUGGCCAAAUUGACCGCGUGUGUGUUGACAGGAGUACUUCCGGGUUGUGGACGCGCAUCCGCGCCCGCCACCACCUUUGCAAUUUUGUGCAGUCGGUUUGCAUUGUUUUACAUUGGCACUGAUAUGCUGUUAACCAUAAACCGAAAUUCAGAAGUUUUGACAUUAGGCUUAAUCUUAGAGUUAGCGGGGUUUAAUUGGUCGGUGGAGUUGAUUUCAACAAAUUCCAAGCAGUUUGUCAGAUAUUUCUUAGUUUUAGGGCUCCAGAGUGGCUAAGCUAGCGUGAAAUUCUGAUAUUCCCCUUUAAAUUCAAUCAUCGGAAAAUCAAUUACAUGUGAUGACAUUUUUCUGUUGUCAUUCUUAUGUUGAGGCGGCAAAGGGAGAAAAAUGGGUAAAAAGUAACUGACAGAUUACUUUUAAAGUAACUUAGUUACUUUGAUAAUAAAAAAAUCAGUAAAGUAACUAGAUUUCUUUUUUAAAGCGUAAUCAGUAAUUAAAUUACUUUUUCAAGUAAUCAGUGACAACACUGGUGGUACCCCAAGUCACACAGGCGCUCUCACUUUCAUGACGUUUUGGACUGUCAAAUUGUCACCACUUCCAGGAGAGCGAGACUCAUGAGCGACUACUCCGAGAGGCUCCGCCUAUUUAUGCCACAGUCACUCUCACACAGUAUGUUCAGCAACAGUAUGCAAAACACAACCGCCACAGUAGAACCUAAUUCUAUGUAUCAAAUGCAACGCCCUAGUGCGGCACAACAACAUUUGACCAUGGCUAAUGGUCUGUCAUCUUGCCAUUGCUGAUUUUGAAUAGCAAGCGCGUUGUUCCAAGGAUGCCCUGAGUGUACCGUCGCAGCUCCAUGCUGUGACGCUGCAGAAAAAGUAGCAAAAGCGUACCCUAAUCCGGAUGCAUUCAGAAGCGAAAGCAAGCUGCGCUUCAAGCGGACCGAGACCCUCGAUUUUUGAGCGGACAGGAGUUUGUUUGAUUGGUCCAAACUAGAGUUCGGAUGCGCGUUCACAUUCACAAAACGAAGCGGAUUAUUUGAGAAAAAGAACUGUUGUCCGUUUCAAAUAGACCAAACAGUGCCAGUGUGAAAGCGCCCUUAAUGUCUCUUCUGUUCGGUUUGAAAAAUAUUUUUUUCUCAUUGUGUCCAGUUAAGGAUUGGAAAGAGUGACAUUUAACAAAAAUAUUUCCUGAGUCAUAAAGAUUCUCAAUAAGGAAGACAGUGGAAGCUCUUAAGUGAAGUCCAAAUUGUUCGAAUUUAAAAAAAACGUCCAUGAUCUCAAGUCUUUGUACAACAUAAGAAAAGGGAAGAUGUUAAGAGUCAAGUUUCUUGAAAUGUGCAAUACAUACUGUUGGAUUUAAAAACGUAUACAAUUUUAAUUGUUUGUUUGUUUAACCCUUUGUACAAAGAUGUUUUGGUUUUAUUUUAUUUUGAAGUUUAUUUAUUUAUUCAUUCAUUCAUUCAUUUAACAACUUGGAAACUUGCCAGUGGUAAAAUACCAUACAAAUGUAUUUUACACUCCAAAAAUUCUCACUAACUCUUGCUGUCAAAUACAGCGGAGUAUGAGGGCCACACAAAGAAAGACAAAAAAUAGGCCGAUGAGAAUAAAGUCGUAAUAUAAAAGACAAAAAAUUGGCCGAUGAGAAUGAAGUCGUAAUAUUCUGAUGAUUAAAGUUGUAAUGCUAUGUAACGUUCUGUAAAAUUAAAAGAAUUAAGACUGACUAUUGCGUACCUUAGAAGGUUGGCCAACCAUGUUUUUGAAUAAUAUCAAGGGCUAAACAAUUAUAAGCAUAUUUUCGUUAUUUUUUUUAACGCAACCCUUCCAGAUUCUUUGUUUAACCCAUAGCAACGCCCUUGACAACGAAAAUGCUUUUCUUCGGCAAUCUGCGGAAAUCUUCGGAAAUGACGUCACACCUAGAAGUGCGAGAGAAAUCCGCCAUAGAACAGUAUUGUUUGUUGCAUUGUUUCUCGGUAAGAUGCCAUGGCGGUGUGUGGGGAUGUUUUGUUCUCACUCUAGCGAAAAGUUGUUUGAGUGGCCAAAGGAUAGCAGGGCACGUAAAUGGACAUCUUUCGUUCUUACGAAGCGAAUGAGUUUCGCGCCAUCAUCAAGUAGUGUUCUCUUCUACAAACACUUUGAAGAUGCCUGCUUCCUUAACCGGUCUGCUUAUGAUCAAGGAUUUGCCAAAAAGUAAGUGUAAUUUUUGGAUAGAUGACUGAUGACUUUGUCAAAGCAGAGCUGCCAACUCUUGUGGAAUGUACAGUAGAAGCUAGCGACGUUAGCCGAAAGCCAACUCGUGGCAAUAGUCGUGACAUAGUUGUUGUUGUGUUCGCUAGGUUAAGCGUGUUUAAAUUGUGUGUCAUCUACAAUCUUCUCCGAAUGGGUUAAUCCACUGUCAAUCGGGAAAGGGGUGUGGAUGUGCAUAUAAGCGGGUCGGCGUCGCGGUAAUUCACGGUCACGUUGCCGUAAGAGACACACACCGCCGGUGAGUUUGUGCACAUUUAUUUGUAUUUGUAUUAUGUAUUUCCACCUUCAUGCUUCAAGCAUUGCAUUGCAUUUGUAUGGUUCGGCGUUUGAUCACUUGAUAGCCUUCUAGUUUGUGUUGUACGAGAGCCGCUAACAGGUGACAACUAGCGUGUUGGCAUUGAGUCAAUCUCGCAGCGAAUCAGCGGGCGGCUCAAGUCACGCAGUGAAUCAUGGAAAAUGUAGUCUCGGGAAAACACUGAAGUUGUGCUUUGUAAUCUUUUCGCUUGUGUGAAAAAACUACAUUUCCUCACGCCAUUAGACGCUACUUCCUGCCGAGAGCCCCAAGCUGUGUUUGUACUGUUAGCUCCAUGUGUUAAUAAAGAAACAAAGUUGUCAGCACGUUGUGUGUUCGAUACCUUUGUCAACAAAAAGCUCAUAACAAGACACUAUGCACGAUCCGUUUAAGAGACGCUGGGACUGGAAGUAGUAGCAGCUGGUAGUACGAGGCGAGGCGGAGAUGAGCGAGAAGCAAAACUUCGCGGUCGAAUGUGGCGCCAGUCCGCUAUUAUUUUGUUCUCUUAUUGUUGCCACAAUAAAGUGGAGAAAGCCAUCAACGACUCAUCUCCUUCUUUCCCCCCAACGUUUUUAUAUUAUUAUUUUAUAUGCACGAGAGCUGCCAGAUCUGCCAAAAUGAACAUGAAGUCUGAUUAUUAUUUUUUUUAACAAUGUCAUCAGAUAGACAAAAACAUAAAAUUAUGUGCAAAUGUCUGCAUCUUCAAAUCAUGAAAAUAAUAACAGCCUAUAUCUUACCAAUCUUGUAAUCUCGAUCGGUCUUGUCUCCAUUCCAUGUCAGGUAGUCUAGGCACAUUGUUUACAUCCUGAUUAGCGUCUGGCUAAUACAUGUUAGGUCCAACAUAAAAUUCCAACCUCCUCUUCUUCCUCCAAAUCUUCAAAAACAUGGAUCUCCUCCCUUGCGCUCGAUUUAUUGCUUAUAUCGCUGUUUGAAUCAUUGUUUGAAGGGCUUUGUAUGGCGGCCGUAUGUAUGGAGCACUGCCAUCGCUGUUCUCGGUGUGACGUAUCACUUCCGGGUUCGUCCCCUUUCAGGCUCGAACUUCGGAAACGCGAUUAUUUUGUCAAAUAUACAACAUAUAAAUUAUUUUUUCAUGCUUUAUUUGUUGGACAAUGUUUAAUUACUUUAAUUGUGACCCUAUUUGGCAUGUUAUGAAAUUACUUCACAUUUCUGCUUUAACAUACUUUAAGUCAUAUGUAUGAAUGCAGCAGGACUAAAACAUCAUAUUACAAGAUUAAAGUCGUACUUAAUAUUACAAGAUUAAAGUCGUAAUAUUACGUAAAGUUAUGUAACAUUAGAUGAUUACAGUACACAAUGCCAGCCAGUUCAAAUGGAUUUGAUGUCUAUCACUGUCAUUGGCAGUCAAUGAGUGAAGAGUAUUACAAUCUUUGCCAAUCAUAAUUUAGACGACUUUAUUCUCGUUGGCCUAUUUUUUCUUUUUCUUUGUGUGGCUCCAAUAUUCCAUCGUAUUCAAAGACUCCUAGGUCUUGUUUUUCAAGUACUACCGUACGAGUCCAUGCAAUGUUGAUUAGAAUAGGUAACAUGAUCUGUGCUUUACUGAGAAUAAAGACUGCUUUUUGUGACAUUAUUACAUGGAUAGCUUACAUAGCAACCAUAAUAAACUGGUGCAUGGGCAAUCUUUAUUUUUUUAUUUUCAAGCUUUAAAUUAGAGUAUUUCCCCCAACACCUAUUUCUAUGAGGUAAGAUGAAGGGAAAUUAUCCAUGCAAGUGUCAUUUUACUGAAAUAAUUAACUUCCUUUGCUUCAACAUCUCCUUGCACUGUAUCUUUUCCAUAUUACCGCCUGAAAAUUGCAAUCUAUUCUUUGAUUUAAACAAAAAAUGUAUAUUUCUUUUGAUAACAAGCACUUUAAUGUUCGAUGUUUACACUUCGAUGCUAUAAAUAAAUGUGUAUCCCAUUGCUGUUGCCGUCUGUGUCACUAGAUGUCACUGCAGGAAUUUACAGUGCAGCGGCCCACUAGAGCCAAAAGGCUGUGCCCUUGAUAAACAGGCCCAGAAUUGUCAACAGCCCGUUUUUUCCUCUUAAAUGUUUAAAUACUGUACACAAACAUAAACUGCAGACAUUUAACUCAUUGACUGCCAUUGAUGGCGAUACAUAUCCAAUCCAUUUUGACUGGGAGGGAAUCAUUUAGGUUUUCGGGCCACUCUAUGCAUUUUAAGGGGAUUCACAUCAUCAGAAAAAAUAACUGUCAAAAAAACCUGUUAUGAUUUGGAUGAAAGGACAUCACCAAAUUUUGCAUGUCUUGCAUAGGCCUCAUAUUAUGUUUGAAAUUCUAACCAUGUUAUCCUUGUAACUUAAAAGUAUAAUGCAAUUAAUUUUACACCAAAAAGUCCUCAAAUUCCAUUCACAUUUAGACAAAAGUGGACUAUCAUUCAACCAUUUUGAUGAAUACAAAAUUCUUCCAAUAAGAAAAAAUAUAAAUAAAUAAAUAAAAACAUUCAAACAAACUUAGAAAAAGAGGUAUGUAAGUGUGUCAGGAAAAACCCUCAUGAUUUUUUUUUUUCUGAAGAUGCAAAUCAACAUCUGUGCACAGCCAGAUGAGGCAAUGCUAGAAAUCACAUCUAAAGCAUACUGCAUCAUGUGUCUUGCGUGAAUGGCAUGGACAUGCAUGACUGAUGAUGUAAUGCUGUUGAUUGAAAUAUGCUUGUAAACAACACUGUUGUAAAUACUGUCACAUUUAUCAAAAGGAGAUAAAAGCUCCACGAUGUGGAAAUGUGAAUAAGUGUGAGGAUCCCAUUUUGUCAAUGCAAUGACAACAAUUCCCCACAUAGUGUGCACACACACCAGAUACAUCUGAUUUUUUUUUUCCAGGGGGUGCAGAUGAGAGCAGUUAGAGUCUUGUCUUGUGACCCACACAUCAAGGCAAAGGCUCUAGGCCUACAACCUACCAGUCACUCAUCUGGCGUUACCACUAUAUUAAAUACUAAUCUAAUGCAAUGCGAAUACGGGACACAAAAUGAUUAUCGACUUGCAAUUUUAGAUGAACACUAGAUCUGUUAAAGAUGUACUGAGAAAGAUGAGUAGUUUUGGGAUUACUCCGGAAAAUCACAUAAACUACCUCCUUUACGGAGCCCUGAACCAUUUAACCGUUAGAGGGCACUCAUCUAACUCAGUAGCUACCACUGAAAAAUAAGGAUUAACGUCAAAUUCCUCCCAUUUUAAAUGAAUUGGACGUCUAUCACCGUUAAUGGCAUGCACUGAGUUAUACUCUAUGAAAAAAAGUCAACUUUAGACUAGUGUCACUUGGGGCAGUAACAUGAGUGUGCGUAUUUCUGUUUUUAUUUAUUUGAAUCAAUUUAGCUUUUAUUAACAUUGUAUUACUUUAUAAAGGUAUUAUAACGAUAUGGAAAAAUCAUGUAAAAAGUACAAUAAUUAUUAAUAAUUUAAAAGAUAAUAAUCUAAUGAUUUGUAAAAUAUUAUUAUUUUUAAUGAUAAAAAAAGUCACUAUAAAAGGUUUAAGGCAGGGGUGCCCAAGUCCGGUCCUCGAGAGUUCCUAUCCAGUUUGUUUUCCAUGUCUCCCUCCUUUAACACACCUUAAUGAAAUAAUCAGCUUAUCAGCGAGCUUUUUUUAAGAACUCUUUUAAGUUUUUUUCAUAAGCAGCGUUUGACUUUUGUGGCCGGGGGGGAGGGGGCAAAACAUGUUGAUGACCCCAAAACGCAGUGUCAGUAAAAAAAGAUUAACUUACAAGAUAUAUGCUCGAAUAGUAGCUUAGUUCAUGCUCGUACAUACUGACAUCCCAGCUGUGUGUGCGUGCGCGUUUUUCUGUCUUACGUAGUGGAGAAGUAGACGCCGCAUCCUUUUUGACUGAAUAUUCCAGCCAGAAUCUGUCCUCAGGUGGUUUUGGCUAAGCAAAGCAAAUGGCCAUUUCUAAAGUGCUAGUCACAUGAUGUGUAUGAAAAAUAAGUUUGACCCAUUAUAAUUAAUUUUUUUGUUCAUUUCAUUCAUUUUUGUUUAAAUGCAUAUAUAUGAAAGUCAAUUAUAUGCAAUGAAAUUUUCGGCCACCGCGGGGGGCUAUGCACCCCCACCCCCCUUAAUCUCCGUGUAUGUUUUUUUUUUUUUUAAAGACCCAAAAUACUAACUUGUCCUAUAAUGGUUCAAAGGACCACUGAUUAUGAAACGGUUGAAGUCCUUUUGACUUUUUUAGUGUUCUCAUAGGCCACAAAACAACACUCACUUGUGUAGUGAACAUUUCUGAAUUACUUGAGAAGUGUGUCAAGAUAUAGAGCAGUCAACUGUAAAUUCAGAGUGCUGUCCAUUAGAGUGGUGCUUCAAACAUGCAGUUUGCUCCUGCAAUGCACAUUUUUGGCCAGCAGAUUGCAAUCAAAUGGCAACAUUUAGGAAUUAGCCAUUUGGGUCCUUCUUCCAACCAUACGUGAGCAAUGCAUGCAAGACAAUUGAAAACAGCAUGACAUAUUUUCAACACAGAAUACAGACAACACAAUUUGUUCUAAAUUCCAUACAGACUGUUUCCGAGGUACUUCUGCUUUACUUCCUUAUGUCUGCUCGCAACUUCUGUUUUAGAAUUUCUUCAUCUAAAACAACAGUGGAGUUGGAAUAACAUUGCUCAUCAAAAUCCCAUGAAAAAGACAACUGGGAAAUACUGCAUCCCUCUGCCAUCAUCACAACAGGGGAGGACAAAAUGUUCAUGAAGGUUCAUGAUGUGGAACCAAGCUUGUGCCACCACAAAGACCGAGUUUUUUGUAGCCACGGUUGCCCCUAUGUUAUGGAAGGUAUGUUCUUCCUAUCCCUGCAUUUUCAGGUGUCCGGUGGGUGUUCAAAAAAUACUAAAGCUAAAAUCUUGCGCAUGAAACGACUUGUUGCCUUUGAUAUUGUUAUUAUGAUGAUGAUUGCAAUUAUGAUGACGUUUAAUAUUAUUUACUACAACUAGUGUAUCUGCUCCUAGCCUGUUGCUAAUCAGUACGUGUAGCAUGGCAUAAUCAAAUCAACACAUAAAUACAAGUGUUAGAAGUUUUUUGUUCGUUUGUUUACGGGUGGAAAACGCUGAUAGGCAAGGGAAGAUAAGUUGAUGCGCCUCACUUACGUACGUUGAUGGACACAUAUUGAGACUACGCUGUUCUACCAGGGAGCGGCCGAGAGGCUGGGGCUGGAGGCGGCGAUUCGCAUCGCGGCGGACCGUCAGCUCUCUACCGAGAUACGACUACAAGCAUUUUAACUUAAGCAACUUUCAGGAGGAGGACAGCAAGAGAAAGCCCGUCUGUAGGCCGUCGAGGGUCUGUGUAAUGUUGUGUCAAAGUGUGGGGAGGCGCUCUUAAGCUCUUAUCACAUUCUCGUAUGCUAUUUUUCUAAUAAUUUUAAAAACUGGGGAUUUAUUGACCUGUUUUGCACAUGACCAAUCGUUUUGAAUAAAACAAAACAUGGACUCAUGUUAUCCAAAUGUUUUAUUGCGAUCAAUAUCUGCAAUAAAAAAGAAUUACAUACUAUUUUUGUUUAUAUGUACAUACCUUGUAGUAUAUUCUUGUAACAACAAAAUCCGUGUUAGCCCUUCUGCAUUUGGCAAAUGUAAUAUAAUUUGUAAUUUCACCUCAUUUUGGUCACUGAAGUGGCCAGCAUAUCAAUCUAUACCUCACGUCAACAGAACCUAACAGGUUGUUAUAAUUUUGUCCACGAAUGAUCAGCGAAGUGAUAAGAACAAUCAUACAAUCUCAUCUACGUCUCAUCUACUUCGUGCUGAAUCCCUUUUUGGAGAUUCCAUGGGUUCCUCUGGGUUGAUUUUGCAGUUUUAACUUUCUCAGCACACUGCUUACUUAAACCGCAAUUCAUGUUGAUAUGUAAGCUACUGUGCUGUUUUUGUUUACACUGAUUAGCUUUAGGGUGCACCACUACUUUUUGCGCCUAACAUUUAUGGCAGGUCACUUUAAUGUCGAUUAAAAAAUAAAGUGAGUAGGGGUAGAGCUUCAUAAUUGUUGUCUAAUUUUACGCAAAAUAAUUAAAUAUUCAUUGCAGUGUAUCGUGCCAUUUCAAUAUCGUGAUAUAAAAUGACCCAUAUCGUGAUAGAUUUUUUUUCCCAUUUCGCUGUUCCAUUGGUGAGCAAUAAUGUUCAAAUAAUUCAAAUCCAAAUCUAAUGACAUUGCUUUGGCAUCGGUUAUGCUCUCUAGUUAAAUCCAGAACGUUCCCAAUCAGUGAAUUUUUCUCAAUUUCCAUCCGGAUCGUAACGAAAUGAGCAUCUUCCUCUUCCAAAAUGCUUUGACCUGUUUUGAUCGUGCACCACGACAAACUGAUGCUGUUCCCAUGCACCGGCACCAAGUUGGACAUUUGAGUCUCAUGAGGACAGGAAGCGCAUAUCUGCCGGUGACAAACAUGAAAGGAGAGAAACAAGGGAGGAAGGGGCAAACUGUGUAGGAACCAGCCUGGAGGCUAUCGGCUUUUCAUUAACGGGUCAGCGAGUGAAUGAGAGUCAUGGGUGGAAUAGUUAAAUAGGAGGCGCUAUGCUAGGUCACACCGGUUAUUAGGGUGAUUCGGGGGCUCCAAUGGGUUAUGUAUUGUGCAUUGUCUAUGAAGUGAGUAGCAGAGGCCCAACAGUAAGUCUUUGUGUCAGACAUUUUACUGCGUGUUAGCAUGCUAAUUACGGGAUAUUUGUCUGUGUCCAUGAGUGUAUGUUUUCCAUACCCGGGGAAGUGCACCGUUUUUCUCCUGGGAUUUGCACUACUCUUUCACUGACUCUUCCAAGGUCACACCGUCGUCUUUUUUUUUAAAUUCACGUCCAAAUGUAUUGGAAAAAUUCAGUUUUUCUGAUGUUGUUGUAUACCAAAAUAAUUCGGGUUCUGAGAUUUCACGUCCAAGUUAGGGCUGUCAAAAUUAUCGCGUGGCGGUAAUUCAUUUUUUUUAACUAAUCAUGUUAAAAUAUUUGACGCAUUUCACGCACAUGCCCCGCUCAAACAGAUUAAAAUGACAGCACAGUGUCAUGUCCACUUGUUACUUGUGUUUUUUGGUGUUUUGUCGCCCUCUGCUGCCGCUUGGGUGCGACUGAUUUUAUGGGUUUCAGCACCAUGACCACUGUGUAAUUAUUGACAUCAUCAAUGGUGAGCUAGUAGUUUAUUUUUUGAUUGAAAAUUUUACAAAUUUUAUUAAAACGAAAACAUUAAACUGCAUGUGACACGAAAAAGCAUGUUUAUUUCAUAAUACACGCGGUAUUUUAUGCUCCUGAAUGAUAUGGACCGCUUGGAUGUGUGCGGAAGUGAUCGCUAUAUUUAUUUAGUUUUUUGACUCCCGCGGCAUGAAAAUGAGUGACUUCCGGCUUCGGUCUUGCAUUGAGGAGGAGGGCGCUGUGACGUGUACGGGAGAAGGACUCCUCUUCACUAUACAGCCUUCUGUUGUGUAUGAGGACUAAGGAUUCAGCUGAUUUUUCGGAUUAAUACGUUUAUUUUUCGCAUCACGCCAGCCAAAGGGCUGCAGAAAAAUCUUGCUGUAUGAGGGAGAGGUGUGUGUGCCUUUUUGGAGUUUGAAAAGGUUCCCAUUCACCUUGGAUAUUGGCCAAAACAAGCCCUACUACUGGGGGACCAUUGGACUUACGAGGAAGUGAGUAAACAUCUUGUUUUGUAUUAUGUCAAAUACGAAUACAGCGAUUACAAAGUAAACACUACAAACUUGCUUUAAAUAAAGGACUACUUAUGUUUGAUCAUUGAUAGGCAUGUAAAAAGCUCUCCUCAUGCACAUUAGCUGCACAACAACUGCAGCCGCCCUCCACCGGGGAACAAGCUGUAAAUUGCUCUCCGCCGGGCAGUUUGCCGAUCCGCGAAGACAAUCGACAACCCAGUCGUCAUGUCAAAUAAUCUGAGCUUUGACAUUUUGCGGCUCUCUUCGUCGCGUUUUCCUCGUUCUGAAUAAUUCCCCCUCAAUGGGCUGUAUAGUAAAACCGAUGAGCCCAGUCUCCCGCUGACGUCAUCCACCUGUUGGGGACGCUUGAGCCGUAUAAUGGUAGGCGUGGCUAACCGGCAGAUUAAAAGACUAAUUUCUCGUCAUCUGCGCUUUGCUAAAUUUUUGUAUAUAGUCGAAUCGUCUCAAAAUAUGAUUGUAAUUCACAUAAUAAUGCUAUUUAAGACUUUUUUUCUCCUGUCGUAUGCUCUUUAAGAGCGGUUUUGAUAUAAAAUUUCUAUAACUUGUACUAACAUUUACCUUUUAAGAACUACAAGUCUUUCUAUCCAUGGAUAGCUUUAACAGAAUGUUAAUAAUGUCAAUGCCGUCUUGUUGAUUUAUUGUUAUAAUAAACAAAUACAGUACUUAUGUACAGUAUGUUGAAUGUAUAUAUCCGUCUUGUGUCUCAUCUUUCCAUUUCAACAAUAAUUUACAGAAAAAUAUGGCAUAUUUUAUAGAUGGUUUGAAUUGCGAUUAAUUACGAUUAAUUCAUUUUUAAGCUGUGAUUAACCCGAUUAAAAAUUUUAAUCGUUUGACAGUCCUAGUCCAAGUGUUUGUAUCUCAUCUUUAUUUUAACCUGCACCUACACUUACACCAAGCUACACUUUUGAUUUAAUACAAAAUGCCCAACAUUGCAGCAUUUGCAUUCCCUGAAAUCCCACAGAGUCUGUCACUGCUCAGCUCUGAUCCGUUGCAGACCACCUGCAUGCGGGCCGCGUUGCCCGAUGCCCACUGCAUACGUCUCUCAUCCCGUCUGUACACUAGCUGACACAUGCAAAAAAUGGAGGUGAGCACGUUCUACUUCCUGUUUGGUGUGUGCUAAACGGCAGGACUUGAUCCAGCCACAGGUUGACAGACCAGAAAAUAGACCAGUCUGUCUAUCUGUAUUUUUAGUCUGACGGACCGGAGAGGAUCGACUCAAGCGGAUCUGGAUCGGAGCUGAACGGAUGAUGUGGACCACCUUGUAUUGAUUAAAAUAGAAACUAUUUGUUCUGUCGUUCAGAAUGCAGCGACGCUGAGUGGACAAGGACAAAAUGGAAUUUGGGAGUUACUCUCUCUUGGAUAUAAGCUAUCUGUUUUCAACUAUUUUUGUCAGUCAAAUUAACUCAAAUUUAGUUUACAUUGUUGAAAUAAAAAUUCUAGAAGUACAGUUAAGAGUUGGGAUUCAAAAGCAAACUAUGUACUAGGAGAUGGUAGAGUUAACCAGUUAGCAACACAAAGUAGAUGCAACUUGGUGUUGUGUUUGUUGCGGAUACUAGUAUUCAAUGAUCUCGUUAACAUUUCGCAUACCAUCAUUGUUGUUUUUAGCAGACGUUUAACUUUUCGUCUUAGUAUUAGUCUUUUGAAUAUUAAUAUUUAUCAGUCUUAGUCCUUUUUUUUUGUUAUCUCAAAAUGAGUUUGUCUUCGUCUAGUUUUUGUUGAAGAAAACUCAAGACUAAUUUCGUCUGGUUUUAGUUGAGGUUUACUAAAAAUGUUCCGUCUGUAAAAGUUUUUUUUUUUUAAAUUACAUAAAAAACAAAAAAGGUUUCCAAAUAUUUCGAAUGAACAUUGACAGAUGAGCACAUAUUGUAGUGUCUACAAGGACUUCGCCAACUUGGUGAUAAUACACACUUAGCGGGAAAACGGCACAUUAUUUUCAAUGAAUUAUACCAACCUGGAAGCCACUAACUGCAUGUAAAAAAAGUUUUCUGAGAGUUUAAGAGGACGUUAGCUACUUCGCUUUUCCCUAUCUCUCCGAUGCUCUGGUUCCAUACCGCCCCAACAGAACCCUCCGCUCUCAGAAUGCAGGUCUACUGGUAGUUCCCAGGGUUUCUAAAAGUACUGUCGGAGCUAGAGCCUUUAGCCACCAAGCCCCUGUUUUAUGGAAUCAGCUUCCAGCUAAUAUUAAAGAAGCCAAGACAGUCUGAACAUUUAAGAUUAGAAUAAAAACGUUCCUAUUCAACAAAGCUUAUGGUCAGGCUAGUUGAAGUCAGAGUAGACUCAAAGUUUAGUCUAAGCUGCACUAGAAGCUAUAAAGCUGGGGGAAGUACAGCCACUGAGUUCUAUCUCCUUUUUCUCACUCUACCUACCACUUAUCUUACUUUAUUUCUAUUUUCCAAUGUUAAUAUCUAGUUGUCUAGUCUUUUCAUCACUAGUCACCUGGUGUCCCCUUUCCCCCGUCCCCUCUGGGAAGGGGCUAUUUUUCAGCUGCAGCCUCCUGACUGUCCGGACCCCAAGCUGGAUGGACGUCCUCGUUGCUUCCCCCGUCUCAUCUGGCUAGAUGGGCCUCGUCUUGUUCCUUUACUCCACCGCAUUUUUUACGGACUGUAACUUCGGCUGCUAAUUCCCAGUAGCGGUCCU